GGAGAGAUCCUCGUCAUCUCCCUUUGAUGUGGGCAGUGAGUUACCCAGCAUCAGAGCUGCCCAGGCUGGCUGGAGCUUGCUUUCUCCUUUCUACCCCAGUGCUGUGAACUAACCCAACACUUGCUUUACAAGGGACAAGCACAAAAGCCAGGACCUGCCCUGCCACACGGCUCUAUUUUCAGGAAUUAUAGCUGUAAAUGAACAGAACAAUCCUAUCUACCCAAUCUUCCUUGCUUCAGCCAUGAGAAAUGAGGAAACCGAUAAGGCACUAUGAGAGCCAUCCUUGUAUGAGCAUCUGAGGCCAGGGCCUUUACUCUGGAACUACCUAGAACCCUGAGGGUAAGAGCAGCUCAGGCCGUAGCCUAGCUCCUAAGUGGGCUGCUGGAAGACCAUUUUGGCCCUCUUUGCCCAUGCUGUGCCAUACCUGGCACAGUCCCAAGCGGUCAGUGUGCCAUGGCAGUCAUUUUGCUAGUUAAUAAGGUACCUGCAGUCAUGCCAAUAACUGGGAGUGGAGGAGGGGAGACAGCACAGAUGACAAGGGAGGGUACCUACUUUCUGCGGUAAAGAGAAGACACGUCCUCAGCUCCCGGGUUGAUACCCUAGAAAAGCAGCCAUGUGUUAAAACAAACGAUCUAGAAAACAUACUUUUGUUCUAUGUGGCUUUGGUACACUUCAUUUUCUUUUAAGAUGACUCAGCCUUCCUAUUCUAGCUUCUGCAGCCUAGCUUAGGACAGGGGUUUGAAAAGGAGACUCAGAUCCCUCUCCUUUGUAGGGUGGUAAAUGGAGGGCUGUCAGACGAUGAAUAGGACGUUAUGUUUAGUGGAGAUGACAGAAGACCACCAAUAAUAUAUUUAUUGCUAAAUAUAUACUGCUUAAUAAAGGAUUCAUGGUACCCUCACAACAUAAGCUCCUGAAACUGGUAGAGCACAGAUUAACUUCCCCACAGAUUUGAGAAGCAAACAUUCAUUUGUAGUUCUCUUCCAGUUAUUGCCAGGCUGCCUCUAGCAAUGGCCUAUUUUGUGCCCCUGAAACUCCACCCUGAGCUCACUCCCCAAAUGGGCCAGGUUGGGGUUAUCCCCUUGGUCUGAGUCUACUUAAAGAUGGUCCUUCCAGAAGAUCCAGCCUGAUGAAGCCCCCUCACAUUCUGAUAUCUAAGAGGCAAACUAGACAAAGUGGGUUUGAAUCCUGGCUUUAAAAGUUGAAAGCUGUGUGACGUUGGGCAAUAUAACUUCUCUGAACUGCUCCUCUGUUUCCUCUAUGUUUAUAGAUGAGCUGUUUCAUAGGGUUGUUGUGAGAAUUAAAUGAAUAAUGGCAGCCAUUAUAAUAGGCUGAAGAAUAAGUAUUUUCGUCUGAGCUCAGUGACUAUGGUCUGUCCACUAGGAAGGGAAAGGAAAUGGACAGGUAGGUGUUGGAAACUCUGUUCUGUGCCAGGCACCAGACCCGGCACUUUCACAUGCUAUUAAUACUCACAAUGACCCUGCAAAAUAGGUAGCAUUAUCCCCAUUUUACAGAUUAGAAAACAGGCCCGGAGAAGCUGAGUGAUUUCUUCAAGUUCACAUUAGCAACAAGCUGUGCUUCUGUCAUUUUCCAUGUGCUUCCCAAUUGCGUGUGCUUUUAGUUCUGCAUCUUAAAGCAGCUUAAAAAGAGGGAGCAGCUUGAAAAAUCCAAACCCAAACCACCACUUAUACGUUAUUGGAGCUCUAGAAAUUUCUUUUUAGCUGACUCACCGAAGAAAAGGUUAUGACAGCCCGCUUCCCCCCCGCCAUUUCCCCCUCAGCUGGGGGAUAAGACUGAGGCAGUGAGCAAACCCAUCUCCCUCCAUUUUCCUCCCCAGUUCAGUCUGCCUGCCUGGCGGCUAGAGAAAACAAAAAGAGAACCACCUUCUCUACUCCCACCAGAACAAGGCGUUUCAGGGUCCUAGAGUGAGCUGGGUUUGAUGGACUUCAGGAAGCUAGGACUCAGAGCAUUCCACAGAUAACAGUACUGCUUCAUCGUUUGCACUAUGCUUAUUUCACAUAUGCUGCAUAUUUCAUUCUCACAACCCAUCAGGCAGGAGAUGAUGCCUUCGUUUUACAGGGAAGGAAACUGGCUUGGGGAAAUGCAGUGAGUGACUUACUUCAGCACACAGCUAAUACAUAGACCAUGCAAACAUAUCAGUGUAGCCAAAAUAUUUGCCCUCUGUAGCUCUCACAUGGAGGCAAAUUAGUUAUUUGGAAAAGGUGAACGCUGGGCACUACUUCUUUUAAUGCCAUCAUGCGGUGAUUUGUCCUUUCCACUCUUAUUCUUUUCAACACCCCUGUGAGAAAGACAGGGCAGGGGACCGAAUGAGCUGAUUUCAAGCCCAAGAAGUUGGAGUUAAGGUUUCUGAAUUGAGUCUCAAUCCUCAGGGCUCUGCCCCUCCCUAGCCGGGUGAGCCAGGGCCACCCAGGUCACUGGGGUCACUGCUGUCAUCUAAAACAACGUGCAAAGGAUAAAACUUUUGAACCUAAAUCCACCUCUCUUAUGGCAACUGAAUUCCAAAGUCCUCCUCUGCUUACUGUGGGCCUCAGGUUUGCUCAUCAGCACAACAGAUACACUGCCACCCGGCUCUUUCAGACACCCAACAACAAGACGGCAGGCACUGUGACCUUCCUUUGUCUCCUUGCAAAACAGCUCCCUCCAACACCUGCACAUCAUUUCCUCACAGAUUGCUUUUCACCCAUUCAUCCAAGGUUUAACCUGGCUCAGUUCACUCAUGCUCCAUAGCAAGGAGUUAUGGGUUCUAAUACCAGCUCUGUCAGUUUUAGCCCCUCCCAGAUGCUGACAACAUCUGGCCUACUUACCUCACAGGCCAGAGAAAGGAGCAAAUGAAAUCAAAUAUGGAAAAGCACUUUGAACAAUUAGAAAACAUGGCACAAAUGUAAGUUUGGCGGCCAGAGGAGGGGAUGCAUUGUUUUUUAAAUUCAGUAUUUCACAACUUAUUUUAACCCCUGCCCCCCUAUUGCUUUCUCAGUCUUCUAUCUAUAUCACCACCAGCGAAAAGGUUUGUGAACAUGCUUUUCUUUGUGUGCUAGAGAUGACCAGCACAGGAGAGAAUUGUUACGUGCAGUGGAAAUUGAGAACCGGUUUUUACUUAUCUGCCCACCAGGCCGCCUUUGACAAAUGUAUGUGAAAAGAUGGUAAACAAAAGAUUUCAGUUUCUUGUCCCAACUGGCAAUAAAUCCCUCCAAGAGAGGACAACUCAGCAAUGACUUAGGCCAUCCUAUUCCCAUGUGGUAGCACAAAUAACAGGAAUUCGUGUAUUGAGCACCUACUGUAUACUAGGAGUUGACUAUUUCUAAUCCUCACAACGUCCCAAGGUAGAUAUUAUUAUUGCCUCAAUUUGUAAAUGAGGAACUUGAGGCUCAGAGAAGGGAUUUCCCAAAGAUCACUCAGCCCUAAGUGUCGAGCUGGGCCUGGAUUCCAGGUGGGCCUGAUUCCACAGGCCACGUCCUUCCAGUCUGCCACGCUCCCCAGGAAGCACAAAGCACGGGGGACAUAGGAAGGUGGGCGAGAUACCCCGCUGGCACACUGCUCUGGGGAUCACCCCUCCCCUUUCUCUGUCUAAAUUUUGAGCAACGAUUCUAUCAGCUUUGCCGGCCAGGCCCUUUAAGGGCACAUCUGAGACCUGCUCACUGGGGGAAUACCCCGGACUCAGAACUCUCCCCUUCCUGGGGCCCUACAUCCCUCAACCUGUAGAAGAUUCCUGCUCCCAGUGCCAGGCCCACCUGUUUCCAGCCCUAUCCGAUCUUGGUACAAGUGAAUCUUUUAAACCCUCUCUCUAUUCCACCCUCUCACUUAAGGGUUCCUACACAUGUUCUGAGCCCGUCAAAGCCCCCGCUCUUGAUCUACCAGGCCCUCCUGGACAGCUAAGACCAGACCCAGGUUGUGAGCGCAUGAGACUUGGCAGCCAGGGGCUGGGAGGGAGGAUUUCUGCCUGAACUCUGAGGCCCUCCCACACUCAGCGACAGAUACCGCCUCUGCUACCCUGGUGCCCUUGUCCCCGGCUCAGGGACAUUGAGUGAUUGGCAGAAAGACUCCUCACCCGCUUUAUGGAACCUGUCUUCUCCUUUCCUUGUCUACCUUCUGCCUGGGUGAGCUCACCCCACCUCCGGCUUCCAUGACUCACCACAUGUAUGCUGAUGGCCAGUGCUAGCCCUGACCUUUCUGCUGAGCUCCCUGACCCAUAUCCUGUCAUCUACCACACCGCUCCUCUUGAUGAACAAAAACUCAAAUUCAACAGCCUGGCAAUGAACUCAUCACACUCCCCACCCCUCUGGCUCCAUUAGAGUUUCUUAGGGCCUGUUGCCUACUUAGUGCUCUUCCUGGGAAACUCAGCACUGUUUCUGGCCUUCUCCUGACAAAGCCGGCAUUCAGUGUCUGCAGAAUGAAUUACUGAAUGAAUGAGUCCCAUCAUGAAUCACGCUUCUUCGUCAGGCAGAUUCACAAUAAUGCAGCCUCUUUCUUUUCAUAUUCAAACAACCUUACAUAAAAGGAAACCCAGACUCCCUUCACCUUAAAGCAGCAAUCAUUUCUCUCUCAGACCCCCUUUCAUCCUAUCACGGAAGGGACCACAUUUUCACAAAGUGUAUUCAGUGGAGAGGUCUGCUUGAUACUCUGCUUUGAAAGCUUACCAUAUCAUAUACUACAGAGUCUACCUUAUAAUAAUUUUAAUGACUGCAGAUUGUCUAUAAGAUUGCUAUAUAAUAGCUUACUUAGGCCCCCCCAGAUUUUGACCAUUUGGAUCGUUUCCCGGUUUCUACUGUUAUUUCCUUUAUUCAUUUAACAAAGCAAAUUACCUUAUUUGCUUGGGCACGCAUAAAAUUUCCCUGGAGGAGGAGGAGGGGUGUGGGAUUGUUAGAGGCCAGGAGUGGGAAGGAGACUUUUCACUGAAUUUCCCUAUAGACCCUUUUGAAUUUUGAAUCAUGUGAAUAUGCUGACUAUUCAAGAUAUAUAUACCAAAAGCUUACUGUACAUGAAGCAUCUCACUAGAAGCUGGAUAUAGCAGUGGGGUCUACACUCUCAAACUAACUUCCUGAUAUGUGCUCUCCCAAAAGUAUGUAUAACGUACCUUGGGAAUCCAGAGGAGAGAGCAGGGUGGAGAAUCUCAGACAAUGACAUUUUCACAGUCACUUGAAGCAUGCGUAGGACUUAGGCUGAUGAGAGACCACCGUGGGCAAAGGCCCAGAAUAGCAAAGGGCACUUCCUGGUUGGGAAAGGAGGCUGUAUCUGGUGGGGUGUGAAAGUUAUGGGAAGUGAGACUUUCAAGAAGGGCAGAAACCAGUGGAGCAAGGGCUCUGGAGGCCAGGCUCUGGGCUUCGAACUUGAUCCCGGAGGCCAUGGGAACCUUUGGAGGGUUAGAAACAGGGCAGAGGGUAAGAGCUGUGUUUGAUAGCAAUCCUCUAGCAGCAAAGGACCAAAGGAAGGUAGAGCAGCUGGGAGCAGCCUUCUGGAGUCCAGGAGACAGUGACAAAGGCCUGAACUAGGGGACCAGCUGUCCCAAUGAGCCCCAAACCACCCUGGUUUUAGCACUGAAAGUCCUGCAUCCCGGGCAACUCCUCAGCCUCUGGCAAAUAGACAUAGUCAGUCAUUCUAGCCUGAACCAAGGCGCUAGAUGCUGCUGUUCCCCAGAGCCUGCCUGCCCUGAGAAGUGAUCCAGUGACUUCCAAGAGAUUUUGAAAUACUCACCCUGUUCUGUCCCACCCUCCACCUCCUCGGUCCCCACCUCCAGCCACUACUCCUGGGUUCAUUUACUUCUGUAGGUUCCUUCUAGAGCUGCUGAUCUGCAGACACAAAGGGAUUUAUGAGGAAGACAUCCCCACUUACCAACGUCCAGUCUUCUUUCCUUCUGCUCCCCUCCACAAACCUGAGGCUCCCGUCAAACGAAACUAGUCCCUGUGCCAAAGCAAACCUGCAGACUUUUGUGUCUCCCCAGCCGUCACAAGACAGAUCACUCUCCCUACUUCUCUGCCUGUUGAAGCCCAUUGCAAAUGCCACCCCCCACACACACACAGCUGAGUACCAGUACCAUGGAAAAGCUCCUGGGUGGCAGACACUGCCCGAGAACUUUUCAAACAUUACCACUACUCCUCACAGCAAAUAAAUAUGAUUAGUCCCUUUUUCCAGAGGAGGAAACCAAGACUCAGAGAAGGGAAGUGUCUUGUCCAAGGUCACACAGCUACUAGCCUUCCCCUCCAUCUUCUUUGUACUUCUCUGAUGGCCCCAAUCCUUGUAUUGAUGAUGUGUGUACUUCUUUCACUCCCUGCCAGCCCCCUGACCCACCACACACACGAUUGUCAACCUAGAAUAAUGCCAGGCUUGUAGUAGAACCUCAAUAAAAAUUUGGUAAAAGAAGGGACUAUGUAUGUCCCUUGUAUAGUACCUAGCCCAUUGACUGGCAUUAAAUAGGUUCUCCUGUUCAGGUAUUGCUGAAAUUGCAGUACCGAACCAAGUAAGAGUAUGAUUGAAGGGGAACGAUCAGAAGAAAACACAUUAUGGCAAAACCUCAGCUAUCCAAAGCUUUCUAGAAAUGAGUCAUUCUGAAGGCUGAGGGUGAACCUUCAGAAUCCAGGAAGAAGAAUCUUAGGGCUGCUUCUUUCUCAGCGUUUACCUCGCUUCCACCCACUUCUUCUGAGCUCCCCGGUCCCCUCGCUCUCCUUUUCCUUCCAGUCUUCUUUGGUUUUCUGUUGUUCCUGCAAAGCUUCUUAGCUUCUGGUUUGGCGAGCUAAUUGCAGUCUUCCCCUUGCUGUCCUUCCAUGCCUUUUGCACCCUUUCUCCUCACCACAGCACCCCCGCUUCCAUAGAGGCUUCCCUGCCCUCCUCAGGCUGGUGGAUGCUUCUCUCGUCUGCGUCUGCACACCCCACGGCACCCCAUACGGGUGUCUGUGAUUCCAUCCACCUCACAUGCUGGACUGUGGGUUUCUUGAGGGUUAGAAUCAUAUCAGCCCUAAAUGUCUAUGAAUGAAAUUACCAGACCCUUUUGUGCUUCUUGGCCACCUCUCCUUUGGUACUGCUUACUCCGAGGCAGCUAAGGGUUUGCUUGUUGGUUGGUUGGAUUGUAAUUGGGAAAUCAUGAGUGCUGGUUAUUCAGGAUUUGUCUGCUCACCUACUUCUCUUCUUCCUGCUUUUACUACAUUCACUGGUGUUCAUGUUAUACUUGUCCAGUUGGCUCAGGAAGGCUCCAGCUCAGACAGUAUGCUCUUUGUUUUGGAGGGGAAAGGGCUGGCAAAUCAGGGUCAUGGCCCAGCCCUACCAGUCCAUCUUGCUUAAGGAACCAGGAGACCAGACCUCAUUAUUUGUUCCACAAGCAUUUACUUGAAUGCCUACACUGUAUCAGGCUCUGAGCCGGACAUUAGGGAGACAGAAAUGGAAAUCGGUGUGUCCUUGCCCUGCAUCUAGCACCCUGUGUGAGCCCUUUCUAGGCCUCUUCCAUUUACCCAUCUGAAAGUGAAGCGGGGUAGAGACCUGACUGGUAAGCAGCCUUGGAGCUGGCGGCACUGUGGAACUCGUCUAUCCGGGAUACUCUCGCCCUCCCCACAUCUGUGCUUUGCCCUGGAAGAGCCCAGGCCCACCUCUUACCUCUCUCCCUUCUCCCCUGCAGAUUCUGAGCAGACGUGAUCUAAUACGUCUCACCCUGUAUGUGGCCAACUAGCCCCCAGGAAGCAGCUUGGUAACCCCAGCUAGCCAGGGGGAAGAAGAGGAAGAGGAAGAGGAGGAGGGGUGGCAUGUCACGUGGCCACGGAGGGUACACUGGGGGAGGACAGUACAUCCCACGGUGCACCAAAACCGUCCCCUAAGCUCAACUCUGAAGAUUCAUAUUAGUCAGUCUAAUCGAGGAGGCCCAAGCCAGAGUGGGAGGUAGGGAGGGAGAGAGAGUUCCACCAAUAUUCCUGGAAAAGGCUAAGGAAUCAAUAUUUCCUUGUACUUGUAGGACACUUGAUACCUUUUUGUAUUUAAUUUUCCUAGCACCCUUUUUGAUUACAUUCAGAAGAUUGUUUGAGCACCUACAUUAGAGGCCUUAUGCUGAGAAUUACUGGCCUUUUCCUUUAGGGCACUUAUCAGAAAUUCAAGUGUAUAGACAGUUUCGUAAGUUUUUUUUUGUUUUUUUUUUUUGCGGUACACGGGCCUCCCACCGCUGCGGCCUCUCCCACUGCGGAGCACAGGCUCCGGACACACAGGCUCAGCGGCCAUGGCUCACGGGCCCAGCCGCUCCGCAGCACGUGGGAUCCUCCCAGACCGGGGCACGAACCUGCAUCCCCUGCAUCGGCAGGCGGACUCUCAACCACUGCACCACCAGGGAAGCCCCUUUCGUAAGUUUAUAAUGUCUGUCUCCUCCACUAGACUGUGAGUUCAAUGAAGGCAGGAAUCAUGCCCAUCUUCUUCCCCAAAGAAUCCUCAACACCUAGAACAGCACCUGGCAAACGGUAAUCACUCAACAGAUAGUUACCGAAAAAAGGAAUCCACAGGCCUGGGACCUGGAGACAAUCUUUAAUUUUGAAAAGGCUGGUGUGCAGAAGCAAGCCUUUUAGCCUGAAACAUAAUAGAUGUUCAGUAGACAUUCAUUUUAUUAAACGAAGAAUAAUAAUAGGAAACACUUACAGUAAUACCUCCUGUGUGCCAGGCCCAGUGCUAAGUGCUUUACAUUCACUCACUCAAUCCUCAGAACAACCCUAUGAAGCAGGUACUAUUAUUAUCCCCAUUUUACAGUUGGGGAAACCGAGGCACGGCAGUUUGCCAACUUGUAAGUGGCAGAGCUGAGAUCUAAACCCCAGCUAUCUGGCUCUGAAGUCCAUGCCUUUAGCCGCUAGAUUGCCUCCCAACAACAGAUCUAGAGAGACAGAGCGAUUCCCCCACAGCGUCCGGGGAGGAACUUGGCGGAGCCAGGACCGAAGCCAGGUCUGCUCUCUGUGCAAUGCUUCUCCCACUGGCCACUGGUACAGAACCCCUGGGAACAGAGGCACAAGGAGGGAUCUGAGAAGUCUACAUAUUCAUGCAGAAGAAGGCUCUAGUCGACUAGGUGGCUCUCAGCAGAAGACAGGAGGAGUCAGAGAGCAUCCACCAGGGCAGACUGCUUUUCAGAGAUCCUAUUUGAGGCCUAAGCCAUUCCCUUUUCCUGCACUAAUAUAUCAGGGACCCCUCCUCACACACACACACACACACACACACACACACACACACACAGGGCGCUAGAACCAGCCCGAGGCAAUUGAGCACCUGUGGGGAAAGGAUGCAUAUUAGAGAGAUUAGAAAGUAUGAUCUAAAGCCUGGUGUGUGCAUAGGAAGUUGUGGGGAGAGAACAGGGAAGACUGGAGAAAAGGCUAAAACCUCCAGCAGAUAAAGGGACUCAGUGAUGAGAUUAAAGCAAAGCACCUGCAAUCAGCUCAGCUCUGGAGGCACCAGCCUUCUUAUCACAACAGAACAGCACCAUGGCCAUGGCCUUCCUCUCCCAUCUGGAUCUUCAGGAAAGCCUCCAAACACUCUCUGUUUUGCAGUGGAUCCCAGUCUAUGUCUUUUUAGGAGCUAUUCCUAUUCUUCUUAUACUCUACUUUCUGGUGUUCACUAAGUUCGGGAUGCUGUCCGUGCUUGCCUUAGCCUGGCUCUCCUAUGAGAACACCCACAGUCAAGGUGGUAGGCGUUCAACUUGGGUACGAAACUGGACCCUCUGGAAGUAUUGAAAUUUCUUCCCAGUAAAGCUGCUGAAGACUCAUGACCUCUGUCCCAAACACAACUAUAUCAUUGCCAACCACCCCCAUGGCAUUCUCUCUUAUGGUGUCUUCAUCAUCUUUCCCACUGAGGCCACUGGCUUUGCUCGGAUUUUCCCAGCCAUCACUCCUUAUGUACGGACCUUGGAAGAGAUCUUCUGGAUCCCAAUUGUGCGAGAUUAUGUGAUGUCAGUGGGUGUGUGCCCAGUGAGUGAGUUGGCCUUGAAGUAUUUGCUGACCAAGAAAGGCUCAGGCAAUGCUGUGGUUAUUGUGGAGGGUGGAUCUGCUGAAGCCCUCUUGUGCCACGCAGGAGCCUCUACCGUCCUCCUUAAACAGCAUAAAGGUUUUGUGAGGUUGGCACUGAAGACAGGAUCAUACCUUGUUCCCUCCUAUUCCUUUGGAGAGAAUGAGGUUCACAAUCAAGAGACCUUCACUGAGGGCACGUGGCUAAGGUUCUUCCAAAAACCUGGCAGGACAGAAUCAAAAAAAACCCUGAGACUAAGUUUCUGUACCUUCCACGGCCGGGGCCUCACUCGAGGAUCCUGAGGCUUCUUGCCUUUCAAUCGGCCCAUUACCACUGUUGUUGGGGAGCCCCUGCCAAUUCCCAAGAUUAAGAAGCCAAACAAAAAGACGGUGGACAAGUACCACGCACUCUACAUCAGGACCCUGUGCAAGCUGUUUGACAAAGUACAGUAUGGCCUCCCUGAGACCCAGGAGCUGACAAUCAUAUAA